CAAACUUUGAUGACUGAGUCAUUGUUUUUAAAAUAUGUUGUUGAUUAAUCAAAUGGGUGUGUUUUAUAUUCAAUUGUAUUUGAAAAGUAAAGAAAUGCCCCAUUCAAAAUAAUUGAGAAGGAAUGAUAAAUCAGUGAUUUUAUAAGUUGUCCUUCAAUCUGUCUGCCUUCACCUUAAAAUGAGUAUACUCUUAUUUAUUCUUCUGAUUUUUUUCGAAUACUCCCAUGGAAUUGAGAAAGGCACCUACAUUGGUUGUUAUAAAUAUGAUGGAAGUCAAAAUGUCAUCUCAACUGUUCCAAAUGUUCAAGACUGUGUCGAAAAAUGUUACAAAAAGUCUUUCAAAUAUGCUGUUCUAUCUAAUAACAUCAAUUCAUGCUUCUGCAGUAACUUCUUAGGAGAUUCAGGCAAUUCCAAUGGACAAGAAAAAUGUAAUGAAUACUCCGUUUAUUCCUCAGAAGAUUUGAUUCCUGGUCCACCAAAAAAUUUUAUGGUGAAGUCUGUAACAGAAGUAGGAGUUGAAAUAUCUUGGGAAAAACCUGAAGGUUAUGUUGAAAUAACAAAGUAUGAGAUUACAGCGGGUGUACUACAUACGUUCUCACAAUAUCCAAUUCAAAAUGCUACAUGGGUGUAUUCUAAUACAACAUUUCAAACAACAUUGAGUCUACAAUCAGCUUCAAGCUUUAAUAUAACUAUUCAAGGAAGAUCUGAAAAUGGACUCGGCUUACCAGCAAGUAAAGUGGUGGAGACCCUGAUUGGAGAGCCUGAUAAUAAACCUUAUCCUCCUAAAAUCUUAUCUAGAAGUGGAAGUCAAAUGCUUAUUAAAAUUUAUCCAGUUAUAAAUAACAAUGGUCCUAUUAACUAUUACCAAGUUAUAGUAUUGGAUGAAACAGCUAAAGAAAUUUUCCAACCAGAAUACCUUAAAAACUACUAUGAAUCAUUAGAGAAAGGUUUGAAUUACUAUAUAGCAGCUGAACUGACACCAGAAGGAAUAAAUAAAAACUUCACAAUUGGGGAUAAUCAACAUUAUGGUCCCUACCACAAUGUGGAAUUACUUUCAAGUCUAAGGUAUAAUAUCAUUGUAGGUAUUGUGAGUACUUAUAACAACAUAACUAAAGUGUCUUAUAGUGAUCCAAGUAAGAUUGAUCAAAGCAGCUUUGAACAUAAUAAUACUGAAAAUAACAGUUCAGGUGCUUCAACAUUAUUGAUUGUUGCAAUUGUUAUUCUUAGUUUUAUACUCAUUGUCAUUAUUCUUGGAUUUAUGAUCUUGAGAAAUCGUGUUCUAAGUAGACAUCGACACAAUAGGCUUUCUGAACAAGAAUUAACAUUACAAGGUCCUAUGAUUAGCAUAGAAAAUUCUGCAUAUCUUCCAGAAGAUGAGCAAAUUCUUGUGAAUCACUACAAGAAUUUGAGGAGAAAUGUGAAAAUAUUCAAUUUAAAGGAUGAACUAUCAGUAGAUGCACAUUCUAUCAUUGGGAAAGGUAGAUUUGGAACAAUAUGUAAUGCUAGUCUUAAUGAGAAUAAUCAUAGUACUUCCCUAGUAGCAUAUACAAUUGCUGAUAAAACUUUAGCUCCUGAAGAGAAGAAACAAAUGUUAAAAAGUCUGGACAUGCUGAUAAAAUGUAACAAACACAUCAAUUUAAUUGAACUUGUGGGUACCAGUGAAUCUUCCCAUAUGCUGUAUGUUCUCUUAAAAGUAUUUCCUAUGAAUCUGAAACAAUUUUUAAUUAACAGUAGAACAAUGCUUCAAAAUAAGUUUUCCAAAGUUUCUGAAUCUCAAGUUUUAGAUAUUAUUAUUCAGAUAUCACAAGGUUUGCUGGAAUUAGAAAAGUGCAAAAUAAUACACACCAAACUUUGUGCUAGAAAUAUAAUGCUAAGUGACGACUUGGUUCCAAAAAUUUUUGGCUUUGGUUUAGCUGAUUAUGUUAUUGAUCAAGAGCUAGACUGCACCAGAUGGACUGCUGUUGAGGUUCUGAAAGGACAAGAUUUCACUUCCAGAAGUCCUAUAUGGUCUUUUGGUGUUUUAUUGUGGGAAAUUUGUUCUGUGGGUGGUACUCCAUUCAGUCAUAUAUCAAACAUUGCAGAACUCACAGAUAAAGUGUCCCGAGGCACUAGGUUACCACAGUUGAAAUAUUUCAGUGAUGAAGUCUACCAAAUUAUGUUGAACUGCUGGCAAAUCGAUAUGGGUGAAAGGCCUAGUUGCGAAAGCCUCUGUAUUAGUACAGAAGGCCUCAAUGAGAACUUGAUUAUACCAUUUAUUUCAUUCCAAUUGUAUCAAACAUUCGAAUAUGAACAGUACAAACCUGAAUUAGAAUUUAAGCCUUUUCCUGUUUAAUGGAUUUCUGUUGUACAUAGUUUUUAUGUACUUAAGUAAUAAAUACGUCCAUUUUUGUAUACACUUUUAUUUGUAAUUAUUUUAUGAUAAUUUAUUGUGACUUAUAGCAGCUUUCAGAAAAUAUAUAUUUUUUUAGGUUA